GCCUUAAGCUAACGUUAGCUCUUCCUGCAGUGUUAUGAGUUGAGCAAGACGGAAGGCAACAGCAAAUAAUUAUAUAAAACUAGCGUCUGUCAGGGGAAACGGGUCUAGGAUGUAUUCAUAAGACCUUUAGGAUCCAACGUGCUGGGAAUGCAGCCACCGCUCCCACCUGAGGCGGUCAGAGAGCUGGUGUGCUCCUGUCUGCACAGAGACCCAGUAGCUGCAGACCUUCGCUGCAGCCUAUUUGUUGCUGCUGCUCAGAGCUACAAGAGGGACUCUUUGCUCAGACCCUUUCCUCCUAGAUACAUAAGUGGUGACAAUAAGGACUUUGACGAGUUGUUGGCAGAUGUGAACUCUUUGCCUGGUGUGCGAGAGUUGGUGCGGCUGCGACCCGGAGAGAGAGAUCAUCAUCUGGCUCUCACACACUGGGUUCUCUCUUCAAACAGCUUUGCUGUGAAGACGCUACAGAAAGAUGAGUAUGCCAAACUUUGUAACCUGACGGAAAGUGAAGGGGUUUCUGCGCCUGUGCCAGACUUUCUCUUUGAGCUGCAGUACUGUGACCAGAUGAAUGCUAGGUUUGAGAGGACGAGGGCAGGACGAGAUGUCUUCUAUGCAUUCCACGGGAGCCGCCUGGAGAACUUUCAUUCUAUUAUUCACAGUGGGCUGCACAGUCACCUCAACAAGAACUCAGUGUUUGGAGAGGGGACCUACCUCACCAGUGACCUCAGCAUGGCUGUCCUCUACAGUCCCCACAGCAGCGGCUGGAAGGAGAGUCUCCUGGGUCCACUACUCAGCUGUGUUGCCUUGUGUGAAGUCAUUGAUCACCCAGAUGUUAAGUGCCAGGUCAAGAAAAAAGAUUCUGAAAUCAUCGACCGUCAGCGCUCAAGGGCAAAGAACAGUGAAGGAGGGGACGUACCACAGAAAUACUUUGUAGUCACCAACAAUCAGCUUUUACGAGUCAAGUACCUGCUUGUUUACUCUCAGAGGAGACACCUGUCCAGACAUUCCCGCAAUACCUCCUGGUUCCUCCGACACCAUUUUGCCAUCAUGAUGAGUCUCUACCUUCUGCUGCUCAUAUUCAUCGGUGCCUUUAACUCCACCACCUUCGUAUCCUUUUGGAACAGACUGUUCAGGUGACGGGACAACGGGGGACAGACAGCCUAGAUGUUCGUUAUCCACUGUGCCUUCCUGAUCAGAGACUGACUGGAGGCCUGAGCAAAGAUGCACCUUUAUACUGUUUCUUCUUUACAAUCAUUCUUUUCUUUAUUUAUAUAAGUAGACAUAAUUUAUAUUAGUCCAAGAUAACAUAUCUUUUCAAAUAGUAGCUAUCCUAAUAGCUGCUACUGUGUAUUAAAUCUGCUGAAAUGUGUAAGACGACCAUUCUACAUUUUAAGAAUGUUAUGCAAUGUUUCACGUGUAAUUUGUUACAGUUUAGUUAAGAUUCGGUUUUGUAGAUAAACUGUUGUCGUUGCUGUGUGGUUUUAGUCCUCUGGGGGUAGUUUUAUUAACCAAAGAUGGGAAAAGAAAAAACUGCAGAUUCACAAUUCAAUUUCAGCUAUGCUUUUUUUUUUUUUUUAAUCCUUAAAACAGUUAAGGAAUGAAGCUGAAUUUAAUGAAAAGGUUACAGGUUCUUCAAAUUUGUUACAGUUUUUAACACUAAUAAAAUUAUACUUUUUAUU